GAUAAAUAUUCGGAUCUGUCUUUUGGAAUUAAUGCGCCAAUUUUGUGCGUUUUGGGAAAAGUUGUGAAAUUCUAAUCAGUGAAUCUUGAUGUGGUAAUUGCUACAUUUGGCGCAGGUUGAGGUUGCGAUUAAAGAAAAAUAUAAUAAUCGAGGUGGCUGGACAUUGUAGAAAUUAAAAUCAGGGGCACUGUCUAAGAGGUCCCAAAAGAUUUGGCAGAAUAGGCAAACGCAGGCAGAGCACUGGGAGAGUGGGUGGGAGAUCAAGAGGCGGUAUGACACGUCCUCCUAACAAUGACAACCUUAUGACCUUUAAGCUCGUUGUCGUCGGAGAUGGAGGAGUCGGAAAGAGUGCCCUUACCAUACAAUUUUUCCAGAAAUUAUUUGUCACCGACUAUGAUCCUACCAUCGAGGACAGCUAUAUUCAGCACACCGAAGUUGACAAACAAUGGUGCAUUUUGGAUGUACUGGAUACAGCCGGUCAGGAAGAAUUCAGUGCCAUGCGGGAACAGUACAUGCGUAAAGGGGAUGGAUUUCUAUUAGUUUAUUCGGUCACUGAUAAACAAUCCUACGAAAACAUUGUCAACUUUUAUACGCAAAUUCUCCGAGUAAAAGACAGGGAUGUGUAUCCUAUGCUGUUGGUAGCUAAUAAAGUCGAUUUGGUCCAUCUAAGAAAAGUUUCAGAAGAACAGGGCAGGGAAUUGGCUCAUCGUUUGUGCAUUCCUUACAUUGAAACAUCUGCUAAGGAUCCGCCCCUAAAUGUUGAUGUCGCUUUUCACGAGGUUGUGCGCAUCAUCAGAAACCAACCACCAGCCGAAUUAGAGAAAAAUCGUCGAAAACGAAGGCGUACAGGAAAGUGCAAUAUUUUAUAAGUAUCGUGAAUCCCAUAGAGUCACAAGAAAAAGAGCCCCAAUCCGAAUUCCUAAUAUGAGCCAAAGUAAUUUAUACUUCGAUCCAUUCCUGCAAUUUUCACGUUUUCGCAAAAUUACGUGAUUCUAGACGCUCUUAGUCUUCUCCCUUUCUUGUGACUCUAUCGAAAGUUAAAUGUCCGAAAAGUGCACUCCUGCCAAUCUGCCAUAUUAAUUGUGCUGAACGUAUUAGCUAAAUGAGAAGGGGUAGGUACCUUCAAUUUAAAAAAGUUGAAAAGGCGAGCCACAUUGUAGAAAUUCAGUUAGAUUUUUCACCGACGCCGCUGUAGAUUUGUAUUCUAUAGGGGAAGAGAUCCCUUUUUUAAAAUCGACUGAAUGCGAGACGGCGUCUAUCCAUGCGAACACAUCAAUUUUCUACCAUCGACGAAAACGGAAUUGAUCACUUUUUAUUACUCGUAACUUUAGAGGGGGGUUUCUUACUCUUCGAUAUUGAACUUUGUCAUAAAAUGACUAUAAUAAUUUUAUAUAACGAGUCAGCUCAUUUGGAAUAGCUGCCAAAUAGUUUUAAUAGUAUUCUCUAAUUUUGACUUGCACCUUCGAUUCGCUUCUUUAGUUUUAGUUGGCAUUUUUCAGAUCAUGAUCCUCAUUCCCAUUUUUCAUUUUCACUUAUUUAACUCACUUUCAUAGGGAUGCAUAGGUCUAGGAAAACCAGAAAAUCAGCGAAAAGUGAGGGGAAAAGUCGAGAAUAAUCAGGGCUGUCACAUAGUGACUUUUUUCUCAUCACUCUUCAGUCACUUUUUAUAGAUAAAGUCACUAUUGUGAUUCACUUUUUAGGGUUUCGUAGUCCCUGGAAGAAACCCGCGUAGUUCGUUCUUAUUUCGGUCCGUCAUAAAUUUUCACGAGACUCGAGACGAGAUUCGGGAUUCUAGACCAGGCUCGAGACUAGAUUCAAGAAGAGGCUCGAGACCAGGUUCGAGACGAGAUUCAAGAUGAGAUUCGAGACGAGGUUUAAGUCGCGUCUAGAGAGAUUUAAACGACUUAAUAGGCUACGAAACCCUUUUUUAUAGGCGCAUAUCGCCUAAUUUGAUUAAUUUUUGAAAUAAAAAGAUCACUUUAGUAACUUUUCUUUCAAUAAAUUAAGGAUGUACUCUACGUACAGUAAAUCUCUAAGUAUCCUAUCUUUAAAAUGAUUGAUAAAAUCAACAAAAAAAGGUCUAAAAUAACUUCUAUAAAU